AUGGCAGCGGUCGAGAACAAGUCCACUCGUGAGGGCUCCAUCAUAGAAUCACAGCCGGAUAACCUGGAAAUCAAUAAUAUUGAGACUGAGGUUUUGGACGACGCCGAAGCCGAGAAGAUUCUUCCCUAUGAGGCGGGAGACUCGCCAUUCCCCGAGGUCCGGGCUGUUGUUCGCCCCGUCGACGACACAGAAAUGGUUGUCAACACCGUCCGAAUGUGGACUAUUGGCAUUCUCUUCACAAUUAUUGGAAGUGGUUUAAACCAGUUCUUUAGUCUGCGACAGCCUAGCGUUACAAUCAGUGCGCUGGUCGCCCAGCUUGUAGCGUAUCCAAUCGGCUGUGCAUGGGCUCGUUGGAUGCCAUUGGGGUGGCUCAACCCAGACCGCAGCUUCAACAUCAAAGAGCACGCCUUGAUCACAAUCAUGGCCAAUGUAUCAUUUGGGUCAGCUGCCGCUACCCAGAUAAUUGAGGCAAUGGUUAAAUUCUACAAGAUGCCUUCGCAGGGCGGUUUUCAAGUACUGCUAUGUAUCACCACUCAGAUGUUUGGGUUUGGUGUGGCUGGGAUGGUUUCGCGCUGGCUCGUGGAACCUGCAAACAUGAUUUGGCCGCAAGUGCUUUCAAACGCGGCUCUGCUAUCCACGUUGCACUCCAAGGCGAAUCAAGUGGCUGAUGGCUGGACCAUGACACGACUGAAAUUCUUCCUUCUGGUCUUCAUCGGUGGCGCGAUCUGGUAUCUUUUUCCGGGAUACCUCUUUACUGCCCUUAGCUUCUUCAGCUUCGUUUGUUGGAUCGCACCAUCAAAUGUCGUUCUCAAUCAGCUUUUCGGUCACAGAACAGGCCUGGGUAUGUCCAUGCUGACCUUUGACUGGUCGCAAGUCGUCUUUGCAAAUCAGAGUCCUCUUCUUGUCCCCUUUUGGGCCGGCUUAAAUGUCAUGGGAUCUUUUGCCUUGUUCUUUUGGCUUCUCGUCCCUUUGAUUUACUAUACUAACACGUGGUACUCGGCUUACUUGCCGCUCCUCGAUCCUAAUACCUUUGAUAACACUGGUCGCAGGUAUGACAUGCGUCGUGUUAUGAAUCGCAACGGUACCGUUAACGUGGACGAGUACCGCAACUACUCGCCGAUGUUUAUUUCUGCAGGAUUUGCCGUCACGUACGGUGUGGCAUUUGCCAAUCUGACUGGCAUCUUUGUCCAUACAGCACUGUACCACGGAAAGGAGCUCCUCGAGCAAUGGAGUGGACGUCACAAGAAAGACGUUCACGCGCGAAUCAUGGAGUCAUAUCGUCCAGUUCCCUGGUGGUGGUUUGCUGCAGUUACGCUCUUGAUGUUCGGUCUGAGCAUUGUAACCAGCGAGGUAUGGGAGACUGGACUCCCCGCGUGGGCAGUCCUGCUGGCUUUCGUGCUGCCAAUCAUUUACUUCAUCCCAGUGGGGAUCAUCAAGGCUCUGACGAAUAUCACGAGCAAUCAACUGAAUCUUAUUACCGAGUUUAUAGGCGGCUACGCAUUUCUUGGAAAACCCGUCGCCAACAUGACCUUCAAGUUCUACGGAUAUGUGGCCGUUGCACAAGGGUUAGAAUUUGUUGCAGACAUGAAGCUAGCCCACUACCUUCAUAUCGCACCGCGCACUCUCUUCGUCGCUCAAGGUCUUGCAACCCUACUUGGCGCAGUAGUCCAGUGCGGCGUAACAGUGUUCAUGAUCACUCGCGUCGAUGACAUUUGCACGCCUCAUGCCGACGGCAACUUUACCUGCCCCCACGGCCUAGUCACAUUCUCAUCCUCUCUCCUGUGGGGUGCUCUCGGCCCCGGCCGCAACUUUAGCCCCGGUCAAAUAUACGGGAACCUCCUUUGGUUCUUCCUCGGCGGGCCCGUUGUCGUCUUAGUAACAUAUCUGCUCGGUCGCCGCUGGCAGUUCCUCAACUACAUUUCAUGGCCCGUGGCAUUUGGUGCAAUGAGCAUGGUGCCGCCUGCUACGGGGAUCAAUUUUUCUUCGUGGUGGGUUGUCAAUGUUGUUUUCAACGGGUGGAUCAAGAGAAGGAAGCCCGCUUGGUGGGCAAAGUACAAUUAUGUUCUUAGUGCGGCGCUAGACUCUGGUGUUGCGGUUUGCACUGUUUUUAUAUUCUUCUGCAUCAUGUUACCGGCUGGUCCGUUGAGAUGGUGGGGGAAUGAAGUGUUCAUGAGGACUGCAGAUGGUCGGGGAACACCGUACAAGCAUCUUCCGCCUGAAGGGUCCUUUGGCCCUACUACCUGGUGGUGA